AAACAUGCAAAAAAAUCAGAUUCUGUUAAACUGUCUCCACCCACUCUUCUAAAUAAUAAUCAAGUAAAUAUUAAUUUUAAAGAAAAUGAAGAAUUUGAUAGUGGUGAGCCUGAGGAAUCUGGCGAAAUUAAACCAAGACCUGAAGAAUAUGAGAAUCUUAUCACAAAUAAAGACCUUGAUGAAAUACCUGAUUCUGAUUUUUUACAAGAAAAAUUUGGUGAAUUCUUAGAUAUAUGGGUAGAGAUAUCUGCAAAUAAGAUUGAAGAAUCUAUUGAUGCUAAUGAAAAAAAAAAAGAAAAUGAAAUACUUUCUUCUGCUAUUCAAGAUAUCACCCAUCUAGCAAUAGAUUACUCUGCUAAAUGGGAUCUAAGAUCCCUUUUCAACAAACUACAAUUACCUUAA